AUGUCGCACAGUAUCUCCGAUAUCAAAGUUUCAUCCAUUGCCUUCGGAUUCACACUCGGUUUUGGUUUUUUGACGACAUGGAACGCAAUCAAGCAGACUAUGCGCUCCCGUAACCCGGCGAAGUCGGCAUAUAUCUACAUGAUCUGGGGAGAGCUUCUAGCGAAUGCGGCAAUCACGGUACAGGGGUACUUGUUUCUAAGUGGUGUUGUGCAGUUUACUUUACCAUAUGCAUUUGUAUUACUCUCGCUAUGGGUGUUUGAGCUGCAGCUACUCAUGCAAAUCAUCAUUAAUCGAGUGUCCAUCGUGAUGUCAGAUAAAAAGAAAGCGGCGCGGAUCAAAUGGGGUACAGCGUUGGCGGUCACAUUUGUCAACAUCACGGUGUUCUGUAUCUGGAUUCCGGCAAAGCUACAAGUAUCCCAAAGAUAUAUUGAUAUCAACGCAGUUUGGGACAGGAUAGAGAAAAUCAUCAUCCUGCUCAUCGAUGCGACACUGAACUGGUACUUUAUUAGAGUCGUGAAGGCCCGUCUUGUUUCACAGGGAUUGACCAAGUAUGAUAAACUUGUGCAAUUCAACGUCAAGAUUGUGAUGGUUUCUUUGACUAUGGAUGCUUUGAUUAUUGGACUUAUGUCGCUCAAGAAUGGCGCUGUGUAUAUCCAACUUCACCCUCUCGCCUACACCGUAAAACUUAAUAUUGAAAUGUCUAUGGCCGACCUCAUUACCAAAAUCGCACGUGAUAAGCAAGACAUUGAGCUCAGCAGCAGCAACGCACAUCACGGUGGUGGAACUCUUGCCAGCAAUCACACUAAGCCAUCCAUCGUCAUUCACACCCAGAAGGACGUUAUCGUACAGUCGACCGUCGGUGAGCUCGAUGAGGACAACCACAGCCAAGGCUCGCGAGGUGGAGAUAAUGAUGAGCGCCCUCUCAAGGAUGGCACUUGGGGAAAUGGUAGAAAUGAGGUUGCUGUUACGGCUAGUUAUCCGCCUGGUUACCAUGAGUCUUCGAACCCCGAAAGGCAAAUACCAGUUUAA